GGUUCGCAUUGGAAUUACCCUACUCUGCAAUAUUAUAAUAUCUAAGAGGAAACUCCAUGAUUCGUAUUUUCAGAAUCUUUUGGGCUUCUCUUUUAGUUCACAUUACUUGAUAUAGCGUCAUAUUUAUUCAUCCGUCAAUUUUUAUAACUGCGUGUCGAGUACGAGCUCUGGAUGUGCUUUAAAAACACCAGCACCAGAAAACGAGAUUGGUAGGGAAUACAGAAACGCCAACAGACGAAUGACAAACAUAAACCCGCUGUUUUUUCAUGCAGUGUGUCGUUCGCUUCUCAAAUUGUAUCGCUAUCGGUUCACAUAUUUCUAGAUUUCGUUUAAAACCGACUACACAGUUGACAGGCGACAUUCCUUUAACGGUGCUGCUGUAAACCGCAAGUUGGAGGAAAGUGCCCUGGGUGUGGGCGGGCGCUGUUACGUCGGGCAGGGCGGCGGGGGGAGCGUACAGAUCGCUAGUUCCGACUCGCGUCGCUAGAUUUCCUUGAAGGGUUUCUCUGGAGUGGACCGAUCGCUAGUUGAAUAGUCUCCAGGAGGUCCAGGAUGGCGGCACAGUGCGUCACCAAGGUGGAGCUGACUGUGUCCUGCGAGAACCUGCUGGACAUGGACGUGGGCUCCAAGUCGGAUCCCCUGUGCAUCCUGUUGAUGAACACGUCCGGGACACAGUGGUUUGAGGUGGGCCGUACAGAGAGGGUCAAGAACUGCCUGAACCCCAAGUUUGCCAAGAAGUUCAUGGUGGAUUAUUACUUCGAGCUGGUGCAGCAGCUGAAGUUCGCGGUCUAUGACAUCGACAACAAGACCGUCGACCUCAGCGACGACGACUUCCUGGGCGAACUGGAAUGCACGCUGGGACAGAUCGUGUCCAGCAAGAAGCUGACCCGACCACUGGUACUGAAGAACAAACGACCCGCAGGCAAAGGAACCAUCACGAUCUUUGCGGAAGAAAUAAAGGACAACAGGGUGGUGAAUUUCGAAAUGGAAGCCAGGAAACUGGACAACAAGGACUUUUUCGGGAAGUCAGACCCUUACUUGGAGUUCUACAGGCAGACGGAGACAGGCUGGCAGCUGGCCCACAGGACCGAGGUGAUCAAGAACAACCUGAAUCCCACCUGGAAGCCUUUCCAGAUCCCGCUGCAGGCUCUGUGUGGCGGCGACAUGGAGAAGAGCAUAAAGGUGGAGUGUUAUGACUAUGACAAUGACGGGUCACACGACCUCAUUGGCAUCUUCGAGACCAACAUGUCGCGCCUGCUGCAGGCUUCACGCGUCACGCCGGCGGAGUUUGAUUGCGUGAACAGCAAGAAGAAGCAGAAGAAGAAGAACUACAAGAACUCGGGCGUGGUGAGCGUGAAGCUCUGCCAGGUGGUGAAGAGGUACACAUUCCUGGACUACAUCAUGGGUGGAUGCCAGAUCAAUUUCACAGUGGGGGUGGACUUCACAGGCUCCAAUGGUGACCCCCGGUCUCCAGACUCUCUGCACUAUAUCAACCCACAGGGGCACAACGAGUACCUGGCAGCCAUUUGGAAUGUUGGCCUGGUCAUCCAGGACUAUGACAGUGACAAGAUGUUUCCGGCGUUUGGAUUCGGAGCUCAGAUUCCUCCCACCUGGCAGGUCUCCCACGAGUUCCCCCUCAACUUCAUCCCCUCCAACCCGUCCUGUGCAGGCAUCGAGGGGAUAGUGGAGGCCUACAGGAAGUGCCUGCCUCAGGUCAGGCUGUACGGGCCCACAAACUUCUCACCCAUCAUCAACUCUGUAGCCCAAUUUGCCGCCCAAGCCAGCCAGCAGAAAACUGCCUCGCAAUACUACGUCCUCCUCAUUAUCACCGAUGGUGUGAUCACGGACCUGGACCAGACCCGCACGGCCAUCGUCUACGCCUCCAGACUGCCCAUGUCCAUCAUCAUCAUCGGGGUUGGCAGCGCCGACUUCAGCGCCAUGGAGUUCCUGGAUGGCGACGACGGGACGCUGCGGGCCCCCACGGGCGAGCCCGCCAUGCGGGACAUCGUGCAGUUUGUGCCCUUCAGGAAGUUUCAGAAUUGCCCCAAGGAGGCUUUGGCCCAGAGUGUGCUGGCUGAGGUCCCAGACCAGGUAAUGGCCUACUUCAAUAUGGUCAACCUGAGCCCACCGAACAGCAACACCCCGCCGAUGACCGAAGAGCCACCUAUUCAGCGUUAAGCCCCGCCCCCCAGCCCCGCUGGCUGCUGCACUGAAGCGCCCACCCCCGGUCCGGAAUGAGCAUGCCCCAUGCCUGCUCUGUGUGUAAUUCUCUCACUCGCUCUUAACUUAAUCACACUCUGCACAAAUGGUUUACAGUACUGCUAUUUACAGGAGCAUGUGGGUGCUAAUCUUGGCAGUACCCCCUACUACACUCGGAUGCUAAUAUUCAAGAUGUCUAAAAAAAAAAAAAACACAUCCCUUCACAUCCUCUUUGUGACCUAAUAUCUACAGCUUUAUUUUUAUUAAGCCAAAUUCCAAUACAGUGGCAGUCACCAGGGAUAAUGUAGCACAAUAAUGCUUCAGAAAACCUAAUGCGUUCAGAAAGCCAUUCUGGAGGCUCGAAUGUAAAAUCCACAUGGACCUUCCUUCAGGAUCCCGCCGGAGUUCAAACAGGUGUCCCUUUUGCAUGAAUCAGCCAUGACCAAGUACCAGGCGCAGCGCUCAGGUGUGAGCGAAAUGGCCCCAACCCCAAAGCUCCUCCUAGCCAGCACUACCCACUCGCCUAUACCCCAAUGCUGCUCCUAGCCAGCACUAUCCACACACCUGUACCCCAAAGCUCCUCCUAGCCAGCACUACCCACUCGCCUAUACCCCAAAGCUCCUCCUAGCCAGCACUACCCACUCGCCUGUACCCCAAAGCUCCUCCUAGCCAGCACUACCCACUCGCCUGUACCCCAAAGCUCCUCCUAGCCAGCACUACCCACACACCUGUACCCCAUAGCUCCUCUAAGCCAGCACUACCCACUCGCCUAUACCCCAAUGCUGCUCCUAGUCAGCACUACCCACUCGCCUAUACCCCAAUGCUGCUCCUAGCCAGCACUACCCACUCGCCUAUACCCCAAUGCUGCUCCUAGCCAGCACUACCCACUCACCUAUACCCCAAUGCUGCUCCUAGCCAGCACUACCCACUCGCCUAUGCACACGUGCCUAUACCCAUUUUUAAUGCUAUACUAUCUUUAUAAACUAUUGUUUUUAUACACCACAUUAUACUGUGAUGAAAAAUAAAUAUGCCUUUGUUGCUCCAGUAUAUGUAGGUUAUUUUUCUUAUGGAUAAGUAUUCAGUGUAGCUCUAGUUUUGAGGAGUUAGUGUCUCAUGCUACAUUUCAGUGCUGUUUAGUCUAUACAUAUUAUUAUUUAAGCCCCUAUAGAGAAUGUAAAAGCUAAAGAAAAUUAAACUUCAACUCAAUACCUAAAAUCACCAUCAUUAGUCUGAUAAGUUGAUCAUUAGUUGAUAAACGCAACUGACAUUAAUAAUAUUUAGAUAAUAUUUGAAUAAUAAAAAUGAAAUAAGUCAUUUGUCAUAACCUUUCUGUAUAACCUCUUGUUUAUGCAUAAGAAAGACUCUGGAAAACAAUUUAACUGGAAUUUAGUGAGAACCAGUUUGACUGAGUUAAAGUACCUACCCACAAAUGAUUUGGUAAUAAUAAAAUCAGAAAUGUCUUUUGAAAGUCGAAUUCAUACUUCUGAUAAAAUUUUCAUUUUUUAAAAUAUGACCGGUACAAGUAAUCUGUUCAUCAAGCUGAAACGAUCCCAAAGGAAAUUAAUGCAUUCAAGUCAAACCUGUUCUCUGCUUACUUUUCAUAUGUUAAUUUCAGUAGUUCUGCAGAUGUGGGCGGCUGUCUGUCUCUGACGUGCCUGUUUUUCUGGGCGUCUGAAGCUAAGCUUUUUAUUGCCUUUGUAGGAAUUCCCCUUAGACGGUGUUACCUGGGAAACAUCCACAGGUGCAUAGCACCAGAGCCAAUCCCAGGCUCCCCUUCGCACACCUAUCUGUAUGCCUUUCAGCCAAUUCAAAGAAUGAAUAAAAGUUGUUAAUGGUUGUCUUUA